AUGCCAGUUGUGGCUUCUCUGGAGGCAACUCCAUCAUUCCUUGAUUGGAAAGGGCAAACCAUUUUCACUGGGGACACUGAGACAGCAGAGGAUCGGAAGGCAAGGCGUGACAAGGUUGAGUUGCACUUCAUCCUCGUCGUAGGCUAUGGAAAGACUGCUAAUAGGCUGAACUAUUUCCUCAUUAGGAAUUCAUAUGGGAAAGACUGGGGGUUUAAAAUUCGUGGAGCUGACAGAAGUUGGGAGGCUAAAGGUCUCGGGAGGGUAUUGAGAGCAUCCUCGCGGUCAAGUAGACAAUCAUUGUUCACUUCAUUUUCUUAUCCAAAACCAUGGGUGCCUCCCUAA